AUGGGAGGACACGUCGUCGCAGUAUUCGCAAACGCACACACGAUAUUGUCGAGCAAACGAGGAGGCUAUAACGGCACAGCUUUAGCGUCUCGUUCGAGCGGCAGCAAAAACAGCAGUAACUUUAAGAGCAAACUUGGGAAUGGGAACACCAGACGACGACUAGGAGGAUUAAAAUCGCGAAUCACGACGACGAGAGCUUCCGUGGAAGAAGCCGAGGAGGUGGAGCUGGACUGCAUGGACCGAAUGGAGAAAGCGAUGGAAGUGAUGACGGAUAACUUUUCCACGGUGAGAACUGGACGAGCGAACCCGAACAUGUUGGACAGAAUAGAAGUUGAUUACUACGGAGCGAUGACGCCGUUGAAAUCGUUAUCGAACACGAAUAACUUGGACGCGCAAACGCUCGUUAUUCAGCCGUUCGAUAAAGGCGCCUUGAAGGAAAUCGAGAAAGCGAUCGUGAGAUCGGAUUUGGGGAUCACGCCGUCGAACGACGGGUCCGUGAUUCGCUUAGUCGUGCCGCCGUUGACGGCAGAGAGAAGAAAAGAGUUGACCAAACAAGUCAGCAAGUUGGGCGAAGAAGGUAAGGUGGCUUUAAGAAACGUGAGAAGAGACGCGAUGACGAAGAUUAAAAAAAUGAAGACGGACAAGACUUUGGGCGAGGACGAAUUCGCCUCGUUCGAAAAGAAGAUUGAAGAUUUGACGACUUCGUACGUAAAAAAGACCGAAGACGCGGUGAAAGCGAAGGAGAAAGAGUUGACUACGGUUUAA